GAAAUCCUGAAAAACAUCAAUCCAUCAGCACGCCUUUGUUCCUCUGGGGUUCACUGUAGGUGGAUGGCCGUUGCGACAUAAUCAAUCCUGAUCAAGCUUGCUCUCUCGGCCAAAAGCAGAGGGUAGAGCUGUCUGCGUGGUUGGUAAAUGGUAAGAAUUCUACCAAUGCACUUUCUCGGCUAGGACAGUACGAUUCAUCUUUUCCCUUUCCUUCGUCGCAAUAGUCACCUUCAGCCGCCUGAAGACACGGGAUGGCUUCAAUACCCCCUCCUCCGCCUCCAGGAUGGAGUGCCGGCGCUCCUCCCCCGCCGCCUCCUGGCAUGGCGCCUCCUCCGCCGGGUUAUCGUCCGCCGCCAGACCCUCGGAUCGCCAAAUUCGCCCAGAAGAAGAAAGAAUGGCUCCGGAGCCAGCGCAACCGCUUCAGCGAGAAGCGCAAGGGUGGUUUCGUCGAGACGCAAAAGGCCGAUAUGCCGCCCGAACAUUUGAGGAAGAUUGUCAAGGAUAUCGGUGAUGUCAGUCAGAAAAAGUUCAGCAGCGACAAGCGCAGUUAUCUUGGUGCGUUGAAGUACAUGCCACACGCUGUGUUCAAGCUCCUGGAGAACAUGCCGAUGCCCUGGGAGAGUGCGAGAGAAGUGAAGGUGUUGUACCACGUCAAUGGAUGUCUGACGUUGGUCAACGAAACGCCUCGAGUAAUCGAGCCCGUCUUUCACGCGCAAUGGGCCACGAUGUGGGUGAGCAUGAGACGGGAAAAGAGCGACAGACGACACUUCAAGCGCAUGCGAUUCCCACCUUUCGACGACGAAGAGCCGCCUCUGUCGUGGUCCGAGAACAUUGAAGAUGUCGAACCUCUCGAGCCGAUUCAGAUGGAGUUGGACGAGAAUGAAGACGGUCCCGUCUACGAGUGGUUCUACGAACACCGGCCGCUGCUCGACACUCCCCACGUCAAUGGGCCGAGUUACAAAAAGUGGAAUCUGUCACUGCCACAGAUGGCGACGCUGUAUCGGUUAUCUCAUCAGUUGCUCAGUGACGUUGUCGACAAGAACUAUUUCCACAUGUUCGACCGGGAAAGCUUCUUCACCGCAAAAGCUCUGAACGUUGCAAUUCCUGGUGGACCACGCUUUGAACCUCUUUACAAGGAUAUUGAUCCGAAUGACGAAGAUUUUGGCGAGUUCAACGCUAUCGAUCGCAUCAUUUUCAGAGCACCCAUCCGGACGGAAUACAGAGUGGCGUUCCCAUACCUCUACAACUCUCUGCCGCGCAGCGUCAAAAUCUCUUGGUACUCUCAUCCCCAGGUCGUCUAUGUUCGAUCCGAAGACCCCAACCUGCCAGCAUUCUACUUCGACCCUGUCAUCAACCCUAUCUCUUCGCGGUCGGUAGCACCAAAGAACAUCACCGUGAGUCAUGAGGACGAGAUCUUUGGGGCAGGGAACAACGAGGACGACGAAUUUGAGCUUCCUGGAAAUGUGGAACCUUUCCUUGCCGACGAGGAGCUGUACAACAAUGACACAUCAUCUGCCAUCGCAUUGUGGUGGGCUCCCUUCCCAUUCGACCGCCGAUCCGGGAAAAUGGUUCGUGCUCAGGAUGUGCCGCUUGUCAAGCAGUGGUACCUCGAGCAUUGCCCUCCAGGCCAGCCGGUCAAAGUCAGAGUCUCGUAUCAGAAGCUCUUGAAGUCAUUUGUCCUGAACGAAUUACAUAAGAAGAAGCCAAAAGCACAGAACAAGCAGGAUCUUCUGAAGACCCUGAAGCAGACCAAGUUCUUCCAACAGACCACUAUCGACUGGGUUGAAGCCGGUCUACAAGUGUGCCGACAAGGUUUCAACAUGCUAAAUUUACUCAUUCACCGCAAGAACUUGACAUACCUCCAUCUCGACUACAAUUUCAACCUUAAGCCCGUCAAGACGCUGACGACAAAGGAACGAAAGAAGUCAAGAUUCGGCAAUGCUUUCCACUUGAUGCGUGAAAUCCUCAGAUUGACCAAGCUCAUUGUGGACGCUCAAGUUCAGUACAGACUGGGCAACAUUGAUGCUUUCCAACUUGCCGAUGGUAUCUUGUAUGCCUUCAACCACGUUGGACAGCUGACGGGGAUGUACCGAUACAAGUACAAGCUCAUGCACCAGAUCCGAUCAUGCAAAGAUCUGAAGCACUUAAUUUACUACCGCUUCAACUCUGGCCCUGUCGGUAAAGGUCCCGGAUGUGGUUUCUGGGCACCUUCGUGGCGCGUCUGGCUGUUCUUCAUGAGAGGCAUCAUCCCUCUUUUGGAAAGAUGGCUCGGUAACCUGUUGUCCAGACAGUUCGAAGGCCGACACAGUAAGGGCGUCGCUAAGACUGUCACAAAACAACGUGUUGAAUCACAUUUCGAUCUGGAGUUGCGUGCUUCGGUCAUGGCUGAUCUGAUGGAUAUGAUGCCGGAGGGUAUCAGACAGAACAAGGUCAACACCGUCCUUCAGCAUCUUUCAGAAGCAUGGCGUUGCUGGAAGAGUAACAUCCCAUGGAAAGUGCCUGGCCUGCCCGCACCAAUUGAGAACAUCAUCUUGCGAUACGUCAAGAGUAAGGCCGAUUGGUGGAUCUCAGUGGCGCACUACAACAGAGAACGAAUUCGAAGAGGUGCCACUGUCGACAAGACCGUUGCGAAGAAGAAUCUUGGCCGUCUGACUAGAUUGUGGCUCAAAGCUGAACAAGAAAGACAGCACAAUUACCUCAAGGAUGGUCCUUACGUGUCGUCCGAAGAGGCGGUGGCCAUCUAUACCACCACUGUUCACUGGCUCGAAUCGCGCAAGUUCAUGCCUAUUCCGUUCCCAAGCGUUUCCUACAAGCAUGACACAAAGAUCCUCAUUCUUGCUCUCGAAAGACUAAGAGAAGCAUACUCGGUCAAAGGAAGAUUGAACCAAAGUCAACGAGAGGAGCUUGCUCUCAUUGAGCAGGCGUACGACUCCCCCGGAACCACCCUUGCAAGAAUCAAGCGCUUCUUGCUCACUCAGCGAGCCUUUAAAGAAGUUGGCAUUGAUAUGAACGACAACUACAGCUCCAUCAAUCCUGUUUAUGACGUUGAGCCGAUCGAGAAGAUCACCGAUGCAUAUCUCGAUCAAUAUCUCUGGUACCAAGCUUCUGAGCGCAAGCUGUUCCCAUCAUGGGUUAAACCGUCAGAUUCAGAGGUUCCACCACUGUUGGUUUACAAGUGGGCUCAAGGUAUCAACAACCUGACCAACGUCUGGGAGACUGCCGAUGGCGAGUGCAAUGUGAUGAUUGAGACUCAAUUGUCCAAGGUCUAUGAGAAGAUCGAUCUUACUCUACUCAACCGUCUUCUGAGGUUGAUCAUGGAUCACAACUUGGCUGAUUAUAUCACGUCCAAGAACAACGUCCAGCUGAACUACAAGGACAUGAAUCAUACCAACAGCUAUGGUCUGAUCAGAGGUCUACAAUUCUCGGGCUUCGUGUUCCAGUACUACGGCCUGGUUAUUGACCUGCUUCUUCUCGGUCUUCAACGGGCCAGUGAACUUGCAGGACCACCUAAUGCACCAAAUGACUUCUUGCAAUUCCGUGACAGAGAAACAGAGACGAGACAUCCUAUUCGACUGUACACUCGUUACAUCGAUAAGAUCUGGGUCUUCCUCAGAUUCAGUGCCGAAGACUCGAAAGACCUGAUUCAACGAUUCUUGACCGAGCAGCCUGACCCCAACUUCGAGAACGUCAUUGGGUACAGGAAUAAGAAAUGUUGGCCUCGCGACUCCCGAAUGAGGCUCAUGAGACACGAUGUCAACCUCGGUCGGGCGGUAUUCUGGGAUCUCAAGAACAGAUUGCCUCGUUCCAUUACCACAAUCGAAUGGGACGACACGUUCGCUAGCGUAUACUCGCGCGACAACCCGAACCUGUUGUUCUCUAUGUGCGGGUUCGAAGUCAGGAUCUUGCCCAAGAUCAGAAAUCCCAAUGACGAAUUCCCAAUCAAGGACAGCGUUUGGGCUCUUGCCAACAAUGAGACCAAAGAACGCACUGCAUAUGCGUUCUUGCAAGUCACCGAGGAAGACAUUCAGAAGUUCAACAACCGUAUCAGACAAAUCUUGAUGUCUUCAGGUAGUACCACUUUCACCAAGAUUGCGAACAAGUGGAACACGACUUUGAUCGCACUCUUCACGUACUACAGAGAAGCUGCUGUGUCAACGGUGAACUUGUUGGACACAAUUGUCAAGUGCGAGACGAAGAUCCAGACUCGUGUCAAGAUUGGCCUGAACUCCAAGAUGCCUUCUCGAUUCCCACCGGCAGUCUUCUAUACCCCCAAGGAACUUGGUGGUCUCGGCAUGAUCUCCGGUUCUCAUAUCCUCAUCCCUACCAGUGACAAGCGAUGGUUCAAACAGACUGAUACUGGCGUCACACACUAUCGUGCUGGUAUGUCUCACGACGAGGAAACGCUAAUUCCCAACAUCUUCCGUUACGUGGCCCCCUGGCAAAGUGAAUUCAUCGAUUCACAACGUGUGUGGACCGAAUAUUCCCAAAAGAGACUAGAGGCUCAACAACAGAACCGAAGACUGACACUCGAGGAUUUGGAGGAUUCGUUCGACAGAGGUUUGCCAAGAAUCAACACCCUCUUCCAAAAGGAUAGAAGCACAUUGUCCUUUGACAAGGGUUUCCGAGCCCGGACUGAGUUCAAGCAGUACCAGAUCAUGAAGAGCAACCCCUUCUGGUGGACUAGUCAGCGACAUGACGGUAAACUCUGGAAUCUCAAUUCGUACAGAACCGAUGUCAUCCAGGCACUCGGUGGUGUCGAGACUAUUCUUGAACAUACCUUGUUCAAGGCAACAGCAUUCCCGUCCUGGGAAGGUCUCUUUUGGGAGAGAGCUUGUCUUGCUAAUGGAACUCUACUUCUGCGGUAUGACGGCUACAAGGUUGCAGUUGAAGAUGUCAAAGAGGGCGAUUUACUUCUUGGUCCUGACGGUGGCCCUCGCCGCGCGUUCAAUAUCGUGAAUGGCUCCGAUCGGCUGUAUCGCAUCAAGAUGGGCUCUCUCAUGGAAGAUCUUGUUGUGACUCCUAACCAUAUCCUAGUACUGCACCGGGAGAAGACUGAAGCCGUAAUCCUAGAAAAUUCUGCUGAGAAGGCCUCUGCCGCUGACCGCUUCGACACUGUUGAAUUGACUGCUGCUGAUUUUGCAGCUCUGGAUUCGGCCGAGCAAGCGAGCUAUCAACUGUUCCGAUCUCCUGAAUAUGAGCAGAAAGUCCCCACAUCCGGCACUCUGGCCGAGAUACCGUCCCUUCUCGCGCGGAAGCAGACCUGCGAUCGUCUCGUCCCGGAGAUGCAUGACUUCAAGAUUGAAAGCAUAUCACUCGAAGCCGAGCCAAUGGAAUGGUCUGGAUUCAGGGUCGACAAGGACCAGCUGUACUUGCGAUAUGAUUAUCUCGUCCUUCACAAUUCUGGUUUCGAGGAAUCGAUGAAGUACAAAAAGCUCACCAACGCUCAGCGAUCCGGUUUGAAUCAAAUCCCCAAUCGACGAUUCACUUUGUGGUGGUCACCGACCAUUAACAGAGCCAACGUAUACGUCGGUUUCCAAGUCCAACUUGAUCUCACAGGCAUUUUCCUUCACGGAAAGAUUCCCACAUUGAAGAUUUCAUUGAUCCAGAUCUUCCGAGCACAUUUGUGGCAGAAGAUCCACGAGUCUGUUGUCAUGGAUUUGUGCCAGGUAUUUGACCAGGAACUGGAGCAGCUUGGUAUCGAGACUGUACAGAAAGAGACUAUUCAUCCUCGAAAGUCAUAUAAGAUGAACAGUUCUUGUGCAGACAUCCUGUUAUUUGCCAGUCACAAAUGGAACGUCACGCGACCAUCGCUUCUCUUUGAUACCAAGGACCAAAUUGAAGCCACUACUACAAACAAAAUGUGGCUCGACGUCCAAUUGAGGUACGGAGACUAUGACUCCCACGAUAUCGAACGUUACGUCCGUGCGAAGUAUCUCGAUUACACCACGGAUAGCAUGAGUAUCUAUCCUUCGGCAACUGGGUUGAUGAUCGGUAUCGAUUUGGCUUACAACCUUUACUCGGCUUACGGCCAGUACUUCCCAGGUCUGAAGGCUCUGGUUCAGCAAGCCAUGGCCAAGAUCAUGAAGGCGAAUCCUGCCCUUUAUGUCCUGCGUGAACGUAUCAGAAAGGGUCUUCAAUUGUAUGCCUCGGAAAGCACGCAAGAGUUCUUGAAUUCUCAGAACUACUCCGAGUUGUUCAGCAACCAGACUCAACUGUUCAUUGACGAUACGAAUGUCUAUCGGGUCACCAUUCACAAGACAUUCGAAGGUAACUUGACAACAAAGCCUAUCAACGGCGCAAUCUUCAUCUUCAAUCCCAGAACUGGUCAACUCUUCUUGAAGAUCAUCCAUACCAGUGUAUGGGCUGGUCAGAAACGUCUCGGUCAACUGGCCAAGUGGAAGACGGCUGAAGAAGUAGCAGCGCUUAUCAGAUCCCUGCCUGUGGAAGAACAACCAAAGCAGCUCAUUGUCACUCGCAAGGGUCUUCUUGAUCCACUCGAAGUUCACUUGUUGGAUUUCCCGAAUAUUUCGAUUAGAGCGUCAGAGCUCCAACUGCCCUUCCAAGCCGCAAUGAAAGUCGAAAAGCUGGCCGACAUGAUUCUGCAAGCUAAAGAACCACAGAUGGUGCUCUUCAACUUGUACGAUGAGUGGUUGAAGACCAUAUCGUCGUAUACUGCCUUUUCGAGACUGAUCCUGCUUCUGCGAGCAUUGCAUGUCAAUACGGACAAGACCAAGCUGCUCCUGAGACCCGACAAGACCGUCAUUACCCAGGCCCAUCACAUUUGGCCUUCGUUGUCUGAUGAGGACUGGGUCAAGGUAGAAGUGCAGCUUCGAGAUAUGAUCCUGAAUGAUUAUGGCAAGAAGAACAAUGUCAAUGUCCAGAGUUUAACCAACAGCGAAAUCAGGGAUAUCAUUCUUGGUCAAGAAAUCGCAGCGCCGUCAAUGCAACGACAACAAGCCGCCGAGAUUGAGAAGCAACAACAAGAUCAGCAGCAGUUGACCGCUGUGACCACCAAGACCCAAAAUGUUCGUGGUGAGGAGAUCAUCGUGACGACGACAUCUCAGUAUGAGCAACAGUCGUUUGCGUCCAAGACUGAAUGGCGUACUCGAGCCAUUGCCACGACCAAUCUCCGGAAUCGUUCGAACAACAUUUACAUCUCGAGCGACGACAUCCAUGAAGCCGAGGAUGCUUACACAUACAUCAUGCCGAAGAACACGUUGAAGAAGUUCAUUGCAAUCGCAGACUUGCGUGUCCAGGUAGCCGGAUAUCUGUACGGUUCAUCACCGCCCGACAAUGACCAAGUCAAGGAGAUCCGGACGAUUGUCAUGAUGCCUCAGGUCGGAAGUACUCGCGAGGUUCAAUUGCCUCACCAGCUGCCCCAACAUGAGUACUUGAAGAGUAUGGAGCCGUUGGGUAUCAUCCACACGACCUCGGGCAAUGAAACAAGCUACAUGACACCCGGGGACGUGACGCAACAUGCUCGCUUGAUGGCUCAACAUUCGUCUUGGGACAAGAAGACAAUCACUCUGACUGUGAGCUUCACGCCCGGAUCGGUCUCGUUGUCGGCUUGGUCCCUCACACCCGCCGGGUACACGUGGGGUGCCAGCAACAAGGACACCCAGUCCGACAAUCCUGUCGGGUUCUCGACGUCGUUUGGAGUCAAGACGCAACUUCUCCUGUCGGACAAGAUCAGGGGUUACUUUUUGGUCCCUGAGACCGAGGUUUGGAAUUACAGUUUCAUGGGCGCAGGAUUCUCUUCGGUAGAAAAGAGACCGGUCUAUGUCAAGAUCGACACGCCGAGGCGGUUUUACGAUGAUAGGCACCGGCCUAUUCAUUUUAGCAGUUUCAAUGAGCUGGAGGAUAUUUGGGCUGAUAGGGAGGAUGUUUUUGCUUAGGAUUUCCAAAAAGGUUUUGGCGAGCAUAUUUUUAUAGGCAUGUAUAUGUACAUGAGCGUAUUUUAUGUUCUAUGAUAGUGUGUCAUGCGAUAAGUGUAGUCUGUAUGGAA